GAAUAGUUACAUGGUUAAGAACCGGCGGGGAAACAGGAUUAACUAACAGGCGCGGAAUCCGGGGUUGAUUCGCGCAUGCCGUCAUCCACUGCAACCAUAAUAAUAACAUAACAUAACUCGCAUCUUCGCAAACUUGCCGUCCUUCCUUUCACCCCUGCCGUUCCUGAUCCAUGUCCUAACGGCCCUUUUUGGUGCUUCUCUGCUCGAGGAAUACAAUGUGUCUUCCAAGUGGUUAGUUCAAACUCAUCCCCCCUAUGCUAUUGUCGAUCAAAGAGCGCUUUCUCUGAUGGUAUACUGUACAUUCGCAUAGCGGCUGCUCCACGUCAUGCCUGAUCACUCCGAGCUUCCAGCUUCCCAGCACGCCUCCUUCAACAGUGGCGCCCACGUGAACGCUUCAAAUGCUCCCUACCUUCGUCGGGGCUCUUCGCGUGCAGGGAUGUCGACGGAGUUUUCAUCAAAUAUGCAGAGAGUCCGGCGCAAUUCAGUCCUGUCGGACUCGGUGUCCGAGGCGCGACACUCCCUCCGAUCAUCCACCGAUGGCCUGCUUUUCCCACGAGCAAGCAAAGAUCAAAUAGUAGAUGUGCGGGAAGAAGAGUCGCAUUGGCACUCCGCACCUCUUGCGCUGGCGCUGCUGCCUGCAAUUGGAGGCAUUUUCUUCAAAAAUGGCAGCGCUGUUAUUACAGAUGUGACGUUGCUCGGGUUGGCAGCUAUAUUUCUGAAUUGGUCCGUCAGACUGCCAUGGGACUGGUACAGGUCGGCGCAAGCGAUUAGACAACGAACAUCCGUGGAUUUUGGGGCGCAGGAGUUGAUGGAGGAGCCUACCAGCAUCGACGAAGCCGAUGAAGCGUCAUCUUCGAAGCCUGGGGACCGAGUCCACUCUUCGCCAAAAUCUGAUCCGAGACUACAACAGUCAGCUGCAGUUGACACCGCAAAUAAGGAGCUCCGCAUUCACGAACUGGCAGCUCUGGCAUCCUGCUUCAUCUUCCCUGUGGUAGGAACCUGGCUCUUGCACGCUAUCCGAUCGAAGCUAUCACGGCCAUCUGAGGGACUCGUGUCCAAUUACAAUCUGACAAUAUUCUUGCUGGCAUCUGAGAUUCGGCCGGUCUCCCAUCUUCUCAAGAUGGUUCAGGCCCGGACUCUCUACCUUCAACGCACUGUCGCAUCUUCCCCGUUUGAAGAUGACAAGGUCGACGCGAACAAAGUCAUUGACAUGGCAAAGAGACUGGAAGAAUUAGAAGCGUAUGUCGCAAACAAUGCGGCCGAGCGGCUGCCCGAUUCUGGCAAAGCUCCUGAGUCUGCUUCUGCCUCGGAGACGCCGCAACAGGUCGUCACGCAAUUGACGUCUGAUGUCCGCAAAGAGCUUCAACCCGAAUUAGAUGCUUUGAAUCGUGCAAUGAGGCGCUAUGAGAAGCGCACAACCCUGACAGCCUUCCAGACAGAGUCCGAGAUACAGAGACUCGAGACUCGGGUGCAGGAUGCCAUCGCUCUGGCAGCCGCAGCGCAGCGCUCUACGGCUGGGAGUCAUCAGCGUUAUGCUCUUAUCCUGCUAGACUGGAUCUGCGCCAUUGUUGUGCUGCCAGUCCAAGCCAUAUGGACUUUGGCCAGCAUGCCCGGCCACAUCGCAACGUGGGGAUUGUCUCAUGUGAAGUCAAUUCUAGGUCUGAAUCGGCAGCGAGUGAAGACUGGCAAACCAAGGUACUCCCAGGGCCAGAGAGGGGUACCAUCUUCUAAGUUACAGCAGAAAACGGUGCCCUUAACGCAGCUGCCAGGCGGCAGAGGUCCCAAGAAGGCGAUAUAGAGAUACACUUCCAAUAUCCAUUCAUCACCUUUGGUCCUUUCUACCUUUUCUUGGAAAUAGCACUCCCAAGUAUUCCUAUAGGUCAGAACAUUUCAUUGUAAUAGCUUCAUUCGCUCGUCCUCUUACGUUAUUUCACUGCUACGUAUCGCUCCACUAUAAUCCUUUAUAUAUAUCAUUCGUCAGAUUGUAUCUUGUACAUGGUCGGAGCUUCUCGGUUGUGAUUCGAACCAUGCUGUGUUGGGUCAUGGGUCGCUGGAUUUGUUUAGGAUAUAGCGAUAUUCAUAUUAUCUCAUGUGUACAUAUAUCCAGGGCCUAGAUGCAUUUCACAUACUGAAUACUCGUCCACUUCAAUUUCGCAAAGCUACUAGACAAACUUUCCCACCCUCCCCAUUCUCAGUUACGAACCAAAUGAUCAGGAAUUAGUAACUUCAAAUCAAAAUCCUCCUCCGGCUGAGUUGUAC